AGCGCCCGAAUGACGUGGGGGGGGGGGGGGGGGGGGGUUCCUUCUGCUUCCGGGUGGGCGGUCGCCAUGGCGAGCAAUGCCGCCAGCCUCAACGCCGUGCGGGAGACGAUGGACGUUCUGUUUGAGAUUUCAAGAAUAUUAAACACUGGGUUGGAUAUGGAGACCUUGUCUAUUUGUGUGCGGCUCUGUGAACAAGGUAUCAACCCAGAAGCACUAUCUUCUGUUAUUAAAGAACUGCGUAAGGCUACAGAAGCUCUAAAGGCUGCUGAAAAUAUGACAAGCUGAUGUGGUAGAAGACUCCUCUGUAAGAAGAAUUGAAAGUUGUGGAGUUAAUAAAGGAUUUAAACAUUGGCCACUACUCAGAAAUACAAAGUGAAAUUGUAUCUAAAGGUUUCAGAAUGUCUCUGCAAGUGAUCUUGAAAAAAGUGAUGUAUGGAAGAGCUUAAAGUUUGGUUUUCUUAAAUAGGCCCACCAAUAACCUUACCACACUUGAAUACUUGGUUAUUUUUAUGAACCAGGACUGAAUUUACUGCAGUUGCUCUUCUUCAGCAUCCAGGAUUUUUAAACAGUGUCACAGAUUGAAGGCUUGUUGAAAUUGCUAGUAUUUAACAGUGAAUGUUGUUAUCAUGAAUAUAGCUUGCUAAUGCAUACUUUAGAAGUGUGUUCUGUUGCUCCUAUUGAAUUGGUGUAGAAAUAAGUGGAUGCUUUUAUCUAUGAGAAAAAUAGGAAAAAAGCCCCUAUUGACUUCAUUUCAAUUACAGUACAGAUGAUGACUUAAGUCAUUUAAGUCACAUUCUGAAAGUAAGAAAUAAAGCACUUUUAUAAAGAUAA